UAUAAUGAAUAGUACUAGAGUGCUGUCAAUUCCACUUAUACGAUGUGAUUAUCAAGUAUUUAAAUACAAUGGAAUUAAAAAACGGGAAAAUAUUGAUAAUAAAGUUUUUAAUGGAAUGAUUAAAGAAGAAAUUAUUGAUGAAGCUGACCAUCACAAUGAGUAUAGGCAAACAAUACAAAAAGGAGUUAAAUGCGAAUUUGAUGAAGAAAUUAACACAAUUGAUACCGUAAUAAAAAAUGAAAUGGAUUUGAACGACGGUUCUGUGUUUAAAGGAUCAUUUAACAACGAGUGGCAUUCUUCGGAACUAAUUAGUCAAAUAAAUUCGGACAAGACAGCGCACUUCAACUCAAAAGCACUCCUCAAAAGAAAUUCGAAGACUCCUACCAGAAAAAGAAGAAAACGGUUAAUUUUGAUUAUACAAUUUUUAUUUAAUUUUUAAACAUGUGGUGAUAACUUAUAAACGCGUAAACAAUUUAUAAAGACAUAUAGUAUAUACAAAUUAAUAAAUUGAAAGGUUUGGCAAGUGAGUCUCACUCUGCUGUACACAAAAGUGUCAUUUGGAUUAGUUUCUGUUGUAAGUAGAUAU